CAUUGCCCAACUACAAAACUAGUUUACAUGAUCCAACUACUACUAACAUUAAAAUGCCCAUCUUAUUCUUCUAUGCAUAAAUAAAUUAAAAUAAAACCUCAAACACUCCAACAAUCUUCAUUCACCAUAUUUUAUUGACCUAAAAGAAACUUAGGGCUUCUUCCACUUUCUUUCAUGGCAAGCAACAAACACCUCCCUCUUCUCCUUCUCCUCAUCAUCACCACUACAUCCUCCACUUCGCUUGCAUUCGAUCAAAACAAACUCGUACUCAAAAUCAUAGACGCAAUGAUCUCCGGGGGGAGUUUCGAAGAUUGGAGCGAAGCUUUCCUCGCAACAAACGACGAGAUACACGGUCAAGUUCUCACUUCAACACUCUUCCUUCCCAAAACAUCCGUCGAAGGAAUCAACGCCACUUCACCGCUCGUAGCUGCUUACCACAUCGUCCCACAACUGCUUCACUUCCACAACAUAAGCGUCAUGGAGCCUCUCUCUCGCAUCCCAACUCUUCUCUCUGGAAACUCCAUCGUUGUAACCAACAACUCGGCUUCGGGUUUCACACUCGAUGGUGUUCUUGUCUCGGAGCCAGAUUUGUUUGUCUCUCCUUCCGUUGUUAUCCAUCGUAUCGCUUCUCCAUUUAACUUCUCUCGUUACGGUGGCGAUGAUAUAUAAUUAAGUUACCCUCUUUAUUAGAUUUUUCCAUUUUGUGUGUUCUUUCUAUUUUGAGCAUUUAUAAAAUUGGUUAAGAAAAGUUUUACAUGGAAUUUGUUUUGA